AGAAUCUUCUGCUUUUUCUUAAUUUAAGGUCGUUUCAGCGGAUCCUUAACUUUGCUUGAAGCCUUGAAUACAAAAAUCAUCAGAAUCUUUAUAACAACAGUUAAAAAAAACGUGAUAUAAUGGAAUUGUUCUCAUUACCACAUGAAGUAUUGGAAGCGAUAAUCUCUCUAUUAACGCCACUAGAUAUCAUUUCUUUGUCAUCGACCUGUAAAUUCUUUCAUGAAUUGAUGUUGAGUGACAAAGUUUGGGUAACAUCAUGUUACACAAAAUUUGGAAUAAAAUUACGUGCUAGUGGUGGGUUUGCACAAAAGUUUUAUAAAAAAGUGUUACAUAAGUAUGGGAAAUUUUUGGGCUUGUGGAAUAGACAUGCAGAUUGCUAUGGAGGGCUAUUACAUAUAAAGUAUUUAGAUGAGAAAUUAUGUGCCUUUGAUCUACAACUCCCCAAGGAUCCACACAUAAGUAACCCUUUGAGGCCAAAAAUAGUAUUUUCAAUAGAGUUAGAUGAACUGGACAACCUUAGCAUUACAUGCUGCAUCAACCCACUUAAAAAGCACCAAUGCGCUUUACAUUAUGGGAAAAAGGCAUUGACUCCAAGUAGUCCUCAGUCAUUUUACCUAACAAGGCAAUGUGCAAAUGGUAUUGAAAAUGCAGAUCACCAAGAUAUUCUUGAUGAUUUAGAGAAUUGGCUUGAUGAACAGAGUGACUAUCUUGGAGAACAUUCAGCGUAUACUCGAACACAAAUGAUCUACAAGUACAUGGUACUUCGACAAACAGCUUUAAAAACUCAUUACUCGAAACUAGUUCUCCCUCAACAAUGUGAUUUUCGCGUACCAAUCAAACCAGGACUAUUCAAAGGGACAUACUCAUCCCAUGGCCUAGAGCUAAUCAUGCUUACCUAUGAAGAGGUGAACAAAGUGAAUGCUGUUAAAAUUUCGGGUGAUCAAAAUAUUCCGGCUGGUCAAAUUACUUUUCGCGCAGAUCUCCCAUUCUGCAUGCACCUCUCCCAAAGAGAACAGGAAAGCUUUGAAAAUAUUGAAUCAGUACAGCCAGCUUCAUCAGAAGUUGAAUGGCAUGAGUUACCUACACCACAGCCUUUCGUUGUUCCAUACGAUUGCGUUGAGCGUCACGAUCAAGUGCCCGACAGCUGCAAAGCAAGAUUCCAUGGUUUUGGACAGAUUGCAGAAGAAGGAUUUCGAGAGCCUACGUUCGUUGAGGGUCAUUGGAUAGUUUUUAAUGAAAAUCUAUUCGGCUUCCUGUGGAUAAGUUUGCAAUCCCUUAGUAUGUACCACCGUGUUCAAGAGGAAUUAACUAAUUAAUCGAGUCACAUGUGUAAUACGAAAAGAUGAAUAACUGGCAAACAAUCAA